AUGCUGGCGCAACAGCCUGACGCGUUACGCCAGUGGUUCGAGCAGCUUCAAGCUACUAUAGAGCAGCUUGGCGUACAACCUGACGAUAUGUACAAUAUGGAUGAGACUGGUUGUCGGAUUGGCGUUGCAAGCAGCCAGUAUGUAUACAGUGUUGGCGGCCGGCAAGUCUUUGUUGCCCACGCCAAUAACCGCGAGCUUAUUACUCUUGUUGAAUGCGUCUGUUCUACUGGCUUUGCAAUUGAGCCAAUGGUUAUUAUUAAAGCGGCAACGAUUAUGGAGCAGUGGGUAGUUGAUCUGCCUGAUAACUACCUUAUUGCAAUCUCAGAGAGUGGCUAUAGCAACGAUCAGCUUGCGCUUGCCUGGUUGAAGCACUUUGAUCGCCGGACGAAGCAGCGGUCUACUGGCGCAUGGCGGUUACUACUAGUAGACGGACACGGCUCUCACUCAACUAGAGAGUUUAUCGAAUACGCUGAGCAGUAG